AUGUCGAGUGUUCUCUGCCUGCCGGACAGCUUGAACCUGCACAAAGACCAGCAGAGGUCAAACAAGCCCGGGGAAGUGCAGAUGUUCAGCCAGUCAGAGCUGAGGACCAUCGAGCAGUCUUUACUUGCUACGCGUGUGGGGAGCAUUGCUGAACUCAGCGACCUGGUGUCUCGAGCGAUGCACCACCUCCAGCCCCUCAACGCCAAGCAGCACGGGAACGGGACGCCGAUGCACCAGAAGCAGGGAUCGUUCUACUGGGAGCCAGAGGCUCUGUACACCCUCUGCUACUUCAUGCACUGUCCGCAGAUGGAGUGGGAGAACCCCAACGUGGAGCCGUCCAAAGUCACGCUGCAGACCGAGAGGCCGUUCAUCGUGCUGCCGCCCCUGAUGGAAUGGAUACGGGUCGCCGUGGCUCACGCGGGGCACCGUCCCAGCCUCUCCGUGGGCAGGGGAAAAAAAAGGCAGGCAGCGAGGCUCUUGCUGCCGGGAGUUGACUGCGAACCUCGACAGUUAAAAAUCGACGACUGUUUUUGUGCAUCUCGGAAACUGGAUGCAGUUGCCACUGAAGCGAAGUUCAAGCAGGACCUGGGUUUCCGGAUGCUCAACUGUGGCCGAACGGAUCUGGUUAAACAAGCCAUAUCCUUGCUGGGGCCAGAUGGGAUUAACAGCAUGAGUGAACAGGGCAUGACUCCACUGAUGUAUGCUUGUGUCAGGGGUGAUGAGGCUAUGGUGCAGAUGCUGCUAGAUGCUGGAGCAGAUCUGAAUGCUGAGGUUGUCAGUACUGCUCAUAAAUACCCAUCCGUCCACCCCGAGACCCGCCAUUGGACAGCUCUGACAUUUGCUGUGUUGCAUGGACAUAUUCCCGUAGUUCAGCUGUUGCUGGAUGCUGGAGCAAAGGUAGAAGGUUCUUUGGAGCAUGGAGAGGAAAAUUACUCUGAAACUCCUUUACAGUUGGCAGCAGCUGCUGGAAAUUUUGAACUGGUCAGUUUGCUGUUGGAGCGAGGAGCUGACCCCAUGAUAGGAACAAUGUACAGGAAUGGCAUUUCCAUGACUCCACAAGGUGACAUGAACUCUUUCAGUCAGGCUGCGGCACAUGGACACAGGUAGAGUGGGAACAAGUCUAGUGGCAUCCUUCAAAAGGAGAAGGGGGACAUUCUGCCGCUGGAGGAGAUCCUGGCGGAGGGGACGGACUUGCCCGCCUCGGCGGCAGCUCCGCUCUGCGCCAGCCGCAACAGCAAGGCCAAGCUGAAAGCCCUGAAGGAGGCCAUGUACCACAGCGCCGAGCACGGCUACGUGGACGUGACCAUCGACAUACGGAGCGUAGGUGUUCCCUGGACGCUGCACACGUGGCUGGAGUCCUUGCGCACGUCCUUCCAGCAGCACCGACGACCCCUCAUCCAAUGCUUGCUGAAGGAAUUCAAGUCCAUUCAGGAAGAAGAGUACACAGAGGAGCUGAUCACACAAGGCUUGCCUCUGAUGUUUGAGAUACUGAAAGCCAGCAAGAACGAAGUCAUCAGCCAGCAGCUCUCUGUCAUUUUCACGCAUUGCUAUGGACCCUACCCUAUUCCAAAGCUCGUUGAAAUUAAGCGCAAGCAGACCUCUCGCCUAGAUCCCCAUUUUCUUAACAACAAAGAGAUGUCAGAUGUUACAUUUCUGGUGGAAGGAAGACCAUUUUAUGCACAUAGAGUGUUGCUAUUUACUGCCUCACCCAGGUUUAAAGCAUUGCUGUCUAGCAAGCCCUCAUCUGAUAGUACUUGUAUUGAGAUCAACUAUGUGAAGUACCCCAUCUUUCAGCUGGUUAUGCAGUAUCUUUACUAUGGCGGUGCAGAGUCACUCCUGAUUAAAAAUAAUGAAAUUAUGGAGCUUCUCUCUGCUGCUAAAUUUUUCCAGCUUGAAGCUUUACAACGACACUGUGAGAUCAUUUGCGCAAAAAGCAUUAAUACAGAAAACUGCGUGGAUAUUUAUAAUCACGCCAAGUUUCUCGGAGUCACAGAACUAUCUUCCUAUUGUGAAGGCUACUUUCUAAAAAAUAUGAUGGUCCUCAUUGAAAACGAAGCUUUCAAACAGCUGUUGUAUGACAAGAAUGGAGAAACGUCUGGUCAAAAUGUACUACAGGACUUACAGAGGACGUUGGCCACAAGGAUUCAGUCAAUUCAUUUGUCUUCUUCAAAGGGCUCCAUUGUGUAAAGCUGAAGAAGGCGGUAACCCUCUCAUAAAGACCCUGCAAGUUAAGUCUGCUGUCGCAGUUGCUUAAACCCGUUGCAGUUGCUUAAACGACUACAAAAAACUAAAUAUAAAAAAAUUCUACUUUGCAUCCAAAUAGUUCUGUGUGGGCCAAAGGUGCUGCGCUGGGGCCGUGGCCCCGUUUGGAUGAGGCAAUACAGAAGACAAAGCUCCUCCGUGUUUCUGAGCAAACAGGGUACAAGAGUAUCCAGUGAAUCGCUGUUGUACUCAAAUUCUGAAUGUGCAGUCAUGGAGCUUGAUGCCAACAAAAGCCAGAACUCACAGCCGUGAACAGCAGAAGCCCCUGCCUGAGCGGUGGUGCCGGGGAACACCCGAACUGACCGAUUCAUCUUUUAAGGCGGAUUUGUUCCAGUGUGACACAUUUAAGAACUGUAUCUAUCCCGGAAUCCAUUAUCUCUGCAUAUAAGAAAUGUAAGAACUGUUACUGCUGUUGAGCAAAGAUCCAGCUGUAUUAGAGAGUGGGUAAGACUGUUACAGCUGAGGAAAUAUACUGGCAGAUUUUUAGGGGUGGGAACUUUUUAAAUUGUUCAUAAAAAAUAAUGGGGUGGCCUUGUAGUUUAAAAACUAUUUCUUAAGCUUAAAAUUUCAUUUUCAACAGAGCUGUGUUUGAGAAUCUAUGUAACAAGUUUUGGUUUUUUUAAAUGGUAAAAUGUACAUUGUGUAAACAUACAUAUGAUCAAGUUUUGCUUGUAUUCUUUCCUAAGGUGGUAUAAUCUUGCCUAACAGGCUAUGGUUACACCAAAGAGGUACAUUAGCCAGGCUAUCUCUAAUACAGUAGUUGGGGGGGCAGGAGAACUGCAUGCUACUUGUGAUUUGGGGUUAAAAACAAUGAGAAACUCAACAUGCACUUGCAUGGUAACUGUACCUGUGAAAUGUUACGUUCGUGCUUCGUUUCACCAAGACAAAUGCGAUGCUACUUCUUGUCAAAUUUCAUUUGUGAAAUGAGCAUAUUUUUUUUAUUUGGUGUGAUUGGUUGUGAUAUGAUACCCCUGGAGACCCUUCUCGAGAUGCUGAUUUCUGUUCGUUACAGUGAAGGGAUAAUAACAGAUCCUCACUGCAGUAAUGUGUCGAUACUUUGCUACUGGCCAGAGAUUGUGUCCAAGUUAGACUUUUUUAAAUUAUAAUUAAAUAUGUAUUAUAG